AUGCCAUCAUUGGUCAUCCCUCUUGUAAACACGCCGCCUUUUGUGCUUAUAGCUCUCGCUUUGAUCCAGGGCAUCCCAGUGGGAUGGGAUACCGAAUCUGGCGAGACUGGUCAAGCUACUUAUGGUGAAAUCAAGGGUGCGGAAGAAGUAAGAGCAGAGUUGGAAAAGGGAGUUGCUGGCAAAGAAAUCCCUCUUCCUCCCCUUCCUACUCUUUUGGCUGCCAACAGUUCAUUCCAAGAAGUAUCAAGCAUUCUCGACGCACUUGACGACUACCUUGCUUACAGGACAUACUUUGCCGGUUCUAAAUUCGGUUUUGGUGAUGCUACCAUCUGGGGUACUAUCCGAGGAAACAACUCUGCGAUUGGUUCGAUCAAAAAACCUGGAAGACCUCAUUUAUCCAGAUGGUUCAACCAUGUCGAAUCCCUUUCAGUACCUCAAAAUGCCCUCAAGUCAUUCCAACAAGCCAAAUCAGAGAUGGAUAAAGGAAAGAAGACUAAGAGAUUGGAGACUGUAGAUGUCGUUCUACCUAAUGCAGUUAAAGGAAAAGUUGUCGUUCGAUUUGCCCCAGAGCCUUCAGGUUUCCUUCAUAUCGGUCACUUGAAAGCUGCCAUCCUCAAUAGAUUCUUAGCUGACCAGUAUCAAGGAAAGUUCAUCUUGAGGUUUGAUGAUACCAACCCUCUCAAAGAAGAGGGUGAAUUCGAAGAUGCCAUCAAAGAGGAUCUUGAUAUGAUUGAGAUCAAUUUCGAUAAAGUCGUUCAUUCUUCUGACCAUUUCGAUAAGAUCCAAGACUUCACUGAACAACUCAUCAAACAAGGAGAUGCCUUCAUGGACAACACCGAUGGUGAAACCGUCAAAGAGCAAAGACGAGCAGAGAUCCCAUCCAAGAAUCGAGAAGCUUCCAUCGAAGAGAAUCUCGCUAGAUUCAAGGAAAUGCUUUCUGGUUCUGACGAAGGAAAGAAAUGGUCCCUUAGAGCUAAGAUCGAUUAUCAACAUAAAAAUGGAUCAAUGAGAGAUCCUGUCAUAUAUAGAUAUGUUGACGGUUCGCAUCAUAUCACUGGUACCAAGUACAAGGCGUAUCCAAUGUAUGAUCUCGCUUGUCCCAUAAUUGACCACUUGGACGGUGUGACUCAUGCUCUCAGAGCAAACGAGUAUUACGCUCGACACGAACAGUAUCAAUGGUUCUUGGAAAAACUUGGUUUCCCUAAGAUUGAGAUAUUCGAUUUCAGUCGAGUCGAUUUCGUAUACACCGUCUUGUCUAAGCGAAAACUCAAAUUCCUUGUUGAGAAGGGUGUCGUCAAAGGUUGGGAUGAUCCUCGAUUCCCCACCGUAAGAGGUAUUCGAUCACGAGGUAUGACUGUUCAAGGGUUAAAGAACUACAUUCUGGGUCAAGGUGCAUCUCAAGCUCAGCUGCAAUUGGAAUGGGAUGGUAUCUGGACAGUCAAUAAGAAAGUCAUUGAUCCCGUCGCUCCUCGAUACUGGGCAAUCGCGGAGGACAAAGCUGUCACUGUCGACGUUAAAGGUUAUGAAGGUGGUGAAGAAGCUGUCGACAAACCUUUACACAAAAAGAACUCAGAGAUUGGUAAUAAAAAAUUGAUCUACUCGGAUAGAUUACUUGUAGAGCAGGAAGACGCUGUUUCCUUCGGUGAUAACGAAGAGAUCACAGCAAUGGAUUGGGGAAAUGUCUUUGUUUCCAACAAAAAAUCAACUUCAGCAGGUGACAUCGAAUCACUAAAAUUCACUUUACAUCUUGAAGGUGACUUCAAGAAAACAUCCAAGAAGAUCCAUUGGUUAGCUGCUCCAUCCAAAGUCAAUCAACUUGUCCCUGUUACUCUGAUCGAAUAUGACUAUCUUAUCACAAAGAAGAAGCUUGAAGAAGGUGAUGAUCUAGAAGAGAUCGUUAAUCCCAAGACUGAAUAUAGAACUAAAGCUUUGGCAAGUGCCGAAGUGAAAGACCUUAAGAAAUGGGAUAUAAUUCAAUUUGAGCGAAAGGGUUAUUAUAUCUGUCAAGGUACCAAAGAUGAUGAAGGUAGAAUGGAAUUUGGUUUCAUCCCAGAUGGUCGUCUGCAAACUAUCACUCUGAAAGCUACUCCAUCAGCUGAAAAGCCAAAAGUAGCAGGCGCGCCUAAAGGCUCAUGGGGUAAACCUGGUACUAAAGCUACCGCUACCACUGCCGGCGACACCAAUGAGCAUGGAACCAGAAUCUUACUUUCAGAGGGAACCAGCGGGUUUAAGAUUCCAAUCAAAAGUGGAAUGUUCGAAGCUGAGAAGGUUUAG